CUCAGUAUGAUCCAAACCACUACACAAGUCCCCCAGGUGACGCUGAAGGCUGUCGGGGGAGGGCACAUGAAGAUUGAUGGCGCGGAAACAAACUAUGGCGACUGGAGAGAUGACCUUGCCAGAGAUGGCUAUGCCGUUGUAAAAGGCGCCAUCCCAAGGGACCGGGCUGACGCUUAUGCCGACAGUAUGUACGCAUGGUUGGAAGGCUUCGGCCUGGGGUUUGACAGGAACGACCUUUCUACAGUUCACAGGGACCGAUUGCCCACCGUCAACGAGAAGGGCAUGUGUCUCAACUAUGCUGUAACCCACGAAGACUUUGCUUGGGGCGUUCGCGGGGAGCCCGGUGUCGUAGGGGCCUUUGAGAAAAUCUACGACGAUAAAGAUCUCAUCGUCUCAUUUGAUGCCAUCAACUUUACAUUCCCCAACCGUACAGACAUUGCCCCCAACAAGCCAUGGCCUCAUCAAGACCAAGAUCCCGCAAAGCCUGGUUUCAGGUGCAUGCAAGGUCUUGUCAACCUUUUGCCCAAUGGUCCCGAUGACGGCGGCCUCAUAGUGUGCCCUGGUGGCCACCUUUUGUCUGACGAGUUUCACAAAGACAUGGCUGAUGAACCACGUAUCCCAGCAUGGACUCCUGAGUGGUACGGCUUCACAGAGAAUGGUAUGAAAUGGCUGGAAAACAAGGGCCUAAAAUGGGUCAAAGUGUGCGCUGAGCCUGGCGAUUUACUGCUUUGGGAUUCUCGCACCCCUCACUACAAUCUCGGUUCGAAGACAACCCAGCCCAGAUUUGCUAUAUACACCUGCUAUAUGCCUGCAUCACACGCAACUCAAGAGGACCUUAUCCGCAAGAAGGACGCCUAUAAGCGUUAUGUUGGCACUACACAUUGGCCAAACGCUAGACACACUGGCUCGAACGUGGCAAAACGUGAUGGAGAAGAUGACCCGCACAACCGCUUCGAACCUGUGAAUAAGCCUGUACUUGAUGAGCGUACAUUCAAGUUGACUGGCAUUCCAUCCAUCAAGGCUUAGCUUACGUAGAU